AUGGGCAGGAAACCGGAUCCCAAGAAGAAGGAGGCGAAAGCCGCCUCCAAGAAGAAGAAUGGAUAUGCUGACAAAGGUGAAAAUCAGCGUAUGUCUGCCGAAUCCAUCGGCUUCCAGAUCAGGACCGGUCCCGAAGCUCCCAGCAAGACGGGCGCCAGCAUGGACAUCGACGUCAAUGAGAUCGUGGUCUUUGCAGGGAAGCAGGAGCUUCUCUUCAAUGCCACGCUCAGACUCGCCCAGGGCAUCAAGUACGGCCUGAUUGGCCGGAAUGGUGUGGGCAAGAGCACCCUCUUGCGGGCGAUGGCCGAGCGCGAUGGCCUGGGGCCCCCCAGCAUCGGUCGUGCUCGGAGGUCGCAGGGGACACCCGUGUCCGUUCCAUGUCGGACCCCCUUCUGCCGAGGCAGAGGUGGGUGGGUCAACCCACCAGCAGCCGGAGCCUCCGUAGUGCUAAGUCGUUGUUGA